CAUUCUCACGCAUGUUUCGCCGAAAAGUUGUGCACACGGUACUCUCCUUGCAAAGGACAAAACCAGUAAAAGUGGUAUAAGAAGAAAGAAGAAGCAAAAACAACAGGAACCAGAGAAUACAGACUACGGUAUAAUCUAAAUCUCUUGUUAGAUCAAGCACGAAGAAGAUGGUCUCAUUAGACUUAAAAAUAAAUGAGAGCAAAGUAAAAGCCUCAAGAUGGAAACUUGCUAUGGAGCACACUGGCAAAGGUCUCCCUACACAUGUAUUUGAAGGUAAAAAAUCUAAAAAGAAGAAUGUAGAAAAGGAGAAAGAACUGACAGAAAAGCAAAAGAAAAUGGUCGGACUGACGGCUAAACAAAAGGAUAUUUUAAGAAGAGAAGAAUGGAGACGGAAGAAGAUCGAAGAGACAAGGAAAAGGAGGAAAGGAAAGAAAUAUAAAAAUGGAAGUAAGACUUGCACAACCGAAACCAAGGCCAUGGCUAGAGGGAAGAAAAAGCAAGAGUCUAGAGAUAUAGCACAAACACGUCAGUCGAAAAAGAAUGAGCAGUCCCAGAAGUCUAAGGAUAAUGCGAAAAGAAAACAGCCAGGAACACACCAGGAAAGUAAUGCCGUGAAAGCAAACAAGAAGAAAGCCAACUUGAAGUCAAACCAAUCAAAACAAAACCCUAGCCCUUCAAAGUUAGAACAGCACCAGAAACCCACGAAAACAAAACAGACAGUAAAUCCCACAACUGAAGAUGGACACAAAAAAGGGAAAAAGCAUCCCCUGGCUAGAGAAAAUCAUGCAGAGGAAAAAACUCUCACAGAUACACAUUCUUGUAGGAAGAAGAAACAGAAUCCAAGGAAGAGAAAGAUGACAGAAGAAGCAGAGACCCAAGGCAACAGUGUGAAAGAGCAACCAGCUAAAAAACAGAAAAUUGAUAAUCUAAAGAAAUUAGGAAAUUCCCCACAACUCAGUAAGCCAGUGGCAGUCAAGAGAAUUAAGCAAUCCAAACCUAUGAAGAAAACUACCUUAACAGAAUUAAAACUUAAGGGUGGAGUUUCAAAGUAUGAAAAGGCAGUUGGUUCUACUGCUCUAUCAGUAUACAGUAGAAGGGAAAAUGAAAAGCAACUACUGAGAGAAGCAUUUGCAAAGAAUGCCAGUAAAUAGUCUAAAUUUCGAUGGGAAAAUGACGUACAUGUGUGUAGUGCGUUUUUUUUAAAGUCAGUUAUGUAUUUAUAAUAUUUUUUCAGGUCUAUUUAACAUUUAAAAUCUUAUAUGUAAUUACUUUAUAUUUGAUGUAGUGUGAUCAGUCACUGGGAUUUGGAUUAGUUUUUAUAAACUAGAGUAGGUAAAUGGAUGUCAUUUGCACUUGUAUACAGUAGAAAUUCAUGUUUGUCAGCCCUGGAUAUAUGUCUGGCAAUUCAUAUAAAAUGUGUAUGCAAUAAGAAAAUGUAAUUCUUCCAUCAUUGUCAUGAUAUUCAUGCACCUAAAGAUAAUAAUAUGUUCAAAGGUUUAGAUGUUCAUAGGAUGCAUUCUUAUGCUCUAUUAAAUGCAAACACUGCAACAAUUUGGUUUCACUGGUUUAGAAAGUUGCAACUUGGCAUAUAUAUUAAGGUUAAGUGUUGAUCUGUAUAGUUUGUAUAAAGUACAAAAUCUUGUGAAAAUAUUUUGGGGAUCUUUUUUAAUAAUUACCCUAUGAAUAUACAUUUCUUACCCUGGUACUUGUUCACAAUUUUUGUAUGGAAAAAAUAAUGAAAUUUCAUUACUUGACAAAUUUGUGCACACAAACAAUAAAAAGACUUAUACUUAUCUUAU